AGAGAGAGAGAGAGAUGAGAAGGGAGCGCCAGUGAAAAGAGGCGCUCUCCUCGGCUACUUGGAGAAACAACGCCAGGCUUGACACUGAGUGAUGACCGAGGCGCAGAGACACGCAGCGGAGCGGGAAUAAAAAACGCGAAAUAAAACACACACAGUGAGAAGGAGGGUCCAUCAGCUCGGCUUGUGGAUACCUGCGCGUCUCCGCUCCGGCCGCAGGUGCGCUACAGUCCCGCUGAAGGGAGAGUUUUAUGUCCGGGGAGGGAAGUGAGAGAAGAAGAUAUCGUCCUAGGAUUAUUUCUCCUGUUCUCAUCCGGUCUCGUCUGUUUGUCAGUUACUCCGAAAGCAAACUUUCUCAAGCUUUUGCAUCGUCCGCAGCCACAUCUCAACUCCAGGUUUAAUCUUAAUGCGGAGCUUUUGUUAAUUCGUGGACUGUUCACUUAGACUGCUUCUAAACGCGGAUUACACUUGACACCAUCUCAAUUCAGAAGGGAAGAAUUUCUCUGAACCGCAAACUUGUGUCUUUAAACGGGGCCUUUCCAUCCCAUCGUUGUUUCUUUGUUUUUUUUUAAAGUGCUGAUGAAGAGGACAAUGCCUGGAUUAUUACAGCUAAAUCUGCCCCGGGGAAGAGGGGAAGAGUGAGGGAAGCAGAGAGGGCAAAGAAGAGGAAGAGAAGAAGAACGAGGGAAGUCGGUGGCGCUUGGCUGCGUCCACGAGUUUGUUAGCGCCUUUGCAGCUCUGACUCUCCCACCUCUUUUUACUGGAUACACGGACACACAUCAACAGACGCACGGGGAGGACCUGCGUUCACACCCUGGGCCAGCGGGAGGUGACUGUCAGAAGAAAUGCCGGUCCUAGGUGCCCUAGUACAUCACCACCGGGACCAUGGCGACUCAUUGGCCAAUGAGAAAAGAGAGGUCCUCCCAUGGCUCCUCCUGUUUUGCUAGAUGGUCGGCAUCCUCCUUGAUGUUCCUAUGGUUGCCGUGGGUGUUGCUAUGGCUGCCGUGGCCCACCCGAGCUGAACAAGUGGGCAGUGGGGGCCACGGUGGGAAGGCAUUCCAUGGUUCCCUGUCGUCCCCCUCGUCCUCCUCAUCGUCAUCAUCCUCACUGCCAUCCAGCUCUUCACCGUGGGGCUUCAGCGCGAGGCAGAGUGGGGGGCAGCUGGACUGGCUGCUGUCAGAGAAGGGACCUUUCCACAGAUGUCCUGAGUACACAGAGUUCAGAGAGAGGUUCCAGCAGGGAUUUUCUACAAGAUACAAGAUUUACAGGGAGUUCAGCCACUGGAAGGUGAACAGCCUGGCAACAGAGAAGAGAGAUUUUCUCAAAGCUCCGCUGCCCUUAGCGCCAGAGUUCCUACGCAACCUGCGGUUACUGGGGCGACGGCCAACCCUGCAGCAAAUCAACGAAAACCUCAUCAAGAAGUACGGGACCCACUUCCUAGUUUCUGCCACCCUGGGAGGAGAGGAGUCUCUGACAAUUUUCCUGGAUAAGCAGAAGCUGAAUAAGAAGUCAGAGGGUAACAGCAACAGCUCAGUGGUGUCUCUGGAGCUGCUACAUCAGCUGGCCGCAUCCUACUUCACAGAUCGAGAGAGCACCCUAAGGCGACUGCACCACCUCCAGAUCGCCACUUCUGCUAUCAAGGUAACCGAAACAAGGACGGGCCCUCUCGGCUGCAGUAACUAUGACAGCUUGGAUUCGGUUAGCUCGGUGUUGGUGCACAGCCCAGAAAAUAAGAUCCACCUAAAGGGCCUACAAGAUGUCCUGCCAGAGUUCCUGCGUGGGCGUUUUGUGGAGGCAGCCCUCAGCUAUGUGGCGUGCAACUCUGAGGGCGAGUUGCUUUGCCGCAACAACGACUGCUGGUGCCGGUGCUCUCCCCGUUUCCCAGAAUGCAACUGUCCCUUCGCAGACAUCAAGGUCAUGGAGGAGAACCUGGAGAAGAGCAAACAGACCUGGAGCGGCUUCAACCAAGAGUUCAUGGAAUCGGAUGAAUUCAAAAGCUUCUUGAAGCGCUUGCCCACCGACCGGUUCUUGAAUGUGUCCAUUAUCGCCAAGUUCUGGUCAGCCGACUUGUCCCUCCAGAAGCGCUAUACCCAGCUGGAGUCCAGCACUGCUGUGAUCCUGGGGAAAGCCCAGAAGAUCGUCAGGAAACUGUUCACCCUGAGCAAACGCUGCCCCAAACAACCUCGCAUCAGUCUGCCCCGAGAGAGGCCUGUGGGGUUUUGGUUGAACAGGGCCCAGUCUCUGCUCUACUGCAAUGAGCAUGGAGUGUUUGGCUCCUUCUCUGAGGAAGUGAAGAGCUGUAUCUGCCCUGUGGAGCAUCCCGCCUGCCAGGGGGUCAUUCCCUGCAUUGUGGGCACCUCAUCCUCGUCCUGCUCUUCCUGUGCUACUGACAAUGCAACCCGGUGUGGAGCCUGUCACCAUGGCAACAUUCUCCAUCUUGGUUCCUGCCGGCCAAGCAUCGCUGCAUCCCUGGACCACUAUUUGAGCUUGGACUUGGACAUGCCUGAUGCUGAGGUGAAGUACCUGCUUCAACGCCUGGAUAGCAGAAUCGAGGUCCAUGCCAUCUACAUCAGCAACGAUGUACGCCUGGGAAGUUGGUUCAACCCGGCCUGGAGGAAGAGAAUGUUGCUGACACUCAAGAGUAACAAAAAUAAGUCCAAUCUUAUCCACAUGUUGAUGGGCAUUUCUUUCCAGAUAUGCUCGACUAAGAAUUCAACACUAGAGCCCGUGCCUGCGAUUUAUGUGAAUCCUUUUGGGGGAAGUCAUUCUGAGAGCUGGUUCAUGCCUGUGAACCAGCCUGACUUCCCUGACUGGGAGAGAACUCGACUGGACGCUGUGGUUACGGCACAGUGUUACAACUGGACACUGUCUCUGGGCAGCAAAUGGAAGUCCUUCUUUGAAACAGUACACAUCUACCUGCGAAGUCGCAUAGUCACAGAUGAUCCAACAGUGAAUGAAACUCUCUUCUAUGAGCCGUUGGACUUGGAUGACCAGACGUCCAACCUGGGGUAUAUGAAGAUCAACACACUGAAAGUGUUUGGAUACAGCAUGCACUUUGACCCUGAGGGGAUCAAGGAUCUGAUUCUCCAGCUGGACUACCCCUACACACAGGGCACACAGGACGCUGCCUUUCUGAUGCUUUUGGAGAUGAGGGACCGGAUUAACCGACUGUCUCCACCAGCACCGCAGCCACUUGACCUGUUUUCAUGUCUACUGCGCCACCGGCUCAAGCUGUCGGCAGGAGAAGUGGCCCGCAUCAAGGACUCUCUGCAGAUCUUCAACUCCAAGCUCCCCAAUGCUUCUCCUGAACCUGAGCUGGCACAGCUGUGCAGCUAGCUAGCUUAAGACAUAAAUCUGAUUCAGGAGGGGUAUUACACGCAGAAAGUGGAGCUGCUACUUCAGCGAUAACCCUAGACUGAGCAGAGGAGGUCCUACUGCAGUAAGCUGGACCCAAAUCAUCUGGAUUUAUAGAACAUCCAACUCUAAAGGCUGACUACUGGGCUUUUCUUAUGAUCACUCUUGGCUAGAUUUGUGGUGUUUUUAUCAUAAAUUGCUACCAGGGCCUAUAGACAGGUACUGAAGUCAUGUUAUGGACUUCUGGAAAAACAGCAGAUAAUUGGACUCUCUUUCAGAGACUCUACUGUACUAGCCCGGAGGCUUUCUUUUGCUAUUCCUGCCAAGCUUUUGGCAAACUAUGUGAGUGGAUGAAUCUAAGAGACUCUCUUACACUGGCAGGCUUCAUGGUUUGGGACCUCGGAGAGCUGAUGUCAUUCAGUACACUAAGACCUCUGCCUUGCAAUGAUAAAGGCAAUUUUGAUAUGUAAAGAGGAACUCUAAAGGGUCUUUAAAAGGAGCUCUUGGAAGAGGAUUUCCCCUUUUCUAAGCCUAUUUUCUUUGGCUACAGAACAAUCUCGUGGGAAGGGAAAAUGGGAUAAUAUUAUAUAUGUGGUGAAUGAGUUGUUAUGUUAUGCUUAACAGUUUAAAAUUUGAUAAUCCUGAACCCUGUUACUGUCUUUGAAUAUUUCUUUUUAAUCUCUGCCUUCCAUUUUAUCUGGCAUCUGAAAACUUGUAAGUAUCUAUGCUUAACAUCUGAGUGAGAAACCUGUUAGUGAUGUUCUGUCUUUGGUGGUGUGUCUAUGCCAAAAGAAGGUGAACACAUCAGCAAACUGAAUGGCAAAAUAUCUUAAAUGUUCAGUUUUUCUUUUUUGUUUUUAUUGAGCUGAAUUUCAAUAAGAAAUCUUCUAAUGUGGUAACAAAAAGGUUAUAGCGCUGUAAAUAACGCUCCAUCUAACCCCAGGUGUGGACAAGUGCACAUUGCUUUUUAGAUAACCAAGUGCAAAGACCAAAAAAAAAAUGUUUAUAACAAAACAAACUCAUGCCUUAUAUGGAGAGUCAAUGUUAAGAUAAGAAGCACAUUUAGUUUCUGUGUUUGAUUUCCCAGCCAAGGCUGUAUUGCUUUUUAUAUUUCAAUAUUUCUACCAAGACAGAACAGCAGACACAUUCUCCAGUGGUAAUGUAGCUUUUCCAUGUAAAUGCCAGUCACAAUUUCUGCAGUUACUUGUUUUGAUUUGGUGUUGUGAAACUUUUGAAUCACUAUUCACAGUGCACACCAGUACUUGCAUACUGUAACUGUUCUGCAAAAUCCUUCUAUCUUCACUCAUACAAACUCUCAGUAACUCAUAGAACUUAAUUAAUUUUAAUAUGGUUUUUCAAAGGUUUUCAAUUUUUUUGGUUUAGUCUCAGGUCAAUGAAACCAAUCAUUAUUAUUUUUACAUAUGGGUCCAAUGUCAGUUGCCAGUUACCACAGUGACUGGAGUUGGAAGGCUUCUGUUUGGCAGUGAAACUUCAAACUUCCCAGGAUGAUUCUUGAUAUGAUUCUACAAUUACUUCACUAAUUUCUCACUAAAAGUCAGUAAACCUUGUAAGUCAUUUUCAGCGGUUCUUCUGUGCUCAGCUUGCUUAAGUAAAAUCAAAGUGGUUUAUCUAUUUGGCAUUCUCUUGUUUUUAUUUUACUGUCAUAUACAACAUGUGUUCUAUAUGAAAUAGCAUCCUGGUAUAUGUACAGUAUGCUUUCCAUAUGCAAAAAAAAAUUUUUCCUCAAGUCAGAG